UGACGUCUGCCGAGCAGCGGCAUGAGCUACAAAAUCUUGUGGCGCGCGCAGGGAAGGAACAUCAGCGCUGUGUUGAUUGUCUGCUACACUAUUUGUGUGUGUGAGUGUGUGUGAGAGAGCGCGCGUGUGUGUGAGUGACCAUGGGCAGACGCUCGUCAGACAGCGAGGACGAGCGGGGCGGCAGCCGGAAGAAGAAGAAGCACCGGCGCCGCUCGUCUUCCUCCAGCUCGUCCAGCGGACGCGAGGCCAGCCGCAGCAAGAAGGCCAGCAGGAAGAGCCGGUCCACAUCCCGCUCACGCGACCGGGACAGGGACAGGGACCGCCACCGCGACAGGGACCGCGAGCGCCACAGAGAGCGAGACAGGGAUCGAGACAGAGACAGAGACAAGAGAAGGAGGCGUCGGUCCAGCAGUAGCUCCUCCUCUGAGUCGACACGAAGGAGACGGAGUCACAGCACUGACCGCAGCCGAGGUCACCGGUCUCGCCGCUCCCGCAGCCGCAACAGGAGGUCCCACUCCCGCCACAGGAGGUCCCACAGUCGGAGCAGCAGACGCAGCCGGUCGCGCAGUCGCAGCCGAGACCGCAGCAGCCGCCGCAAGGGCCGUGAGAGAGACCGCAGCAGAGAGAGAGAGAGGGAGCGGGAGAAAGAGAGGGAGCGCGAGAAGGAGAGAGCCAAGGAGAGAGAAGACAAAGCCAAGGCGGAAGCCGCGAGCAUCAAAGCAGCAUUAGAACAUCUGACACCCUCUGAACAGGCCAAGGCUCGACUCCAGCUGGUACUCCAGGCUGCAGCUAAAACGGAUGAAGCCCUGCGGGCCAAGCUGAAGAGAGAUGAGGAUGCCAGAAGGGUGAAGGAGGAAGAAGGGUCCACUCUGGAGGAGCAGGUGAGACGGAUUAAGGACAUUGAGGCCAUCGAGAGCGACUCUUUUGUUCCUCAGGCUUUCAAAUCAUCCCGAGAGACUCCAAAGGCCGAGCUGGUUGAGGUGAAGAAGGAGCCGAUAAGUUCUGAUUGGUCGUCUGAGCAUCACGGGCCUCUGCCCACCACCAUCGUCUACAACGACAACGAUGGAGACUCUUUGGCACACCCCAGCUUGUUCCUGGAUAAGGAGGAGGCCGAGGAGCGCUGGCUCAACAGGCUGGUGGCCCUGCGCCAGGAGAGGCUCAUGGGAAGCCCCGUGCCCUGAGACGGACAGACAAAACCGCUUUCAUCAGAACCCAAACUGCAGAACCACCCAGACUCAGAACCCAAACUGCAGAACCCAAACUGCAGAACCUGGACCACAGAUCCCACAUUCUAGAAUCGCAAACUCCAAUCCGAGACGGGCAGAAUUCUGAUCACACAUCCUGAAAAUAAAUGUCUGAGAAUCUGCACUAAAGCACCCUUCUCCCGAGCUCUGUCCUGCCCUGUGUGAUGAGACGGAUCAGUCUGACUAACUGCCUUGAUGUCUCUGAAAGAAAGCCUCAAUGUGUUCACUAUAGUAGCAGUAGUAGAAGUAGGAGUUUAUGAGUCUGAAUUAAUGUUAAUGAUGUGGUUUGAGAGUAGACAUGUUGGCUGCGACAUUUAAUUUGAGUGGUAACAGAAAUAUGCUAAUCUGUCUGUGACCCAGUGUGAUUUUGAGAUCAUUACUGUCUUUUAUUUCAUUUUCUCAAUAAACUUUUUAAAACCC